AGGUUUAGCAAUAACAGUUAAACCUAACCUAUGGCUGGCUUUGCAAAUGUCUGUCCGAGGAUACAGCCCAGCAGUACCACAGGUGGCUGAUAAAUCACUCCUAAGUAAAUUGAGGAAACAAACAGGCAUCCCAUUCAUCAACUGUAAAAAAGCUCUGACGAAGUUUGAUAACAAUUUUGAUCAGGUAAACAAACAAAAUAUUAUUUUUUGUUCAAAUUUAACUUUUCAUGUAAUUAAGCUCAUAUAGCCAGUAAAAAAAAAGAUCAUAUUGUGUUUCAAUCAUAAAGUGUUAGCUAUGCAUAAUAUGACUUUGUAUAAUUUGUUACUAAAUGUUACUGGUAUCUUCAAAGAAAAAAGAUUUAAUUUUCUUUUUUUCCUCCCUUUCAAGGAAGUCCUAUAUAGUUUUAAAAAUAAAAAUGUUCCAAUAUAUUUUCUUUGUCUCAAGUCUCGGGUCAAUUUUACUGGGGUACUUAUUAAAAAAUGUUAAAAAUUAAUUUGAUCUUUUUUUGUGUGUAUAAAUGUUAUGUUAUAGACUUAUUAGAAUCUCUUUUUCUAAAGGCCAAGCAAUUGCUGCUAUAAGAAGCACAGAAAGAGGGUUGGGCUAGAGCAACAAAAUUUCAAGCACGACUAAUGUCUCAAGGCUUGGUAGCUGUUCUGGCUGAUAACAAAGAGGCAACUAUGAUAGAGGUAAAAUCUAAUUGAUAUUAAUUUAAAUGUUCUUUGCUUUAAAAUCAGAUGAUUUCAUUUGGUUCCAUUUUUCCAUUUCUACCCCCUGAAAUUUUAAAGAGGAUUUGAUUUAUUGUAUUCAUGUUAUAAUUUUUAAAAACAAUAGUGGCUUUAUUGCUCAAUCUAUUUUUUUUUAAAUUUUGGAAUCCUAACAGGUGAACUGUGAGACUGAUUUUGUAGCUCGAAAUGAGAAGUUCAUUUCCAUGGUUACCAAGCUAGUUCAAGAGUGUGACAGUCACUUUGGAAAUUUGAAGGAGAAAGAGGUGCAAUUUAAAUGUGAAAUAUUCAAUUGAUUUUUUUUUAAAGAAAAAAAAAUACCAACAGUUAUUUUGAUGUUUUUCCUCAAAACUCAAAAUAUCAGUGAAAGUAAAAUUUUCCCCUUUCCUACAAACAUCUGCAUUACAGGCUGCAUACCACUUUGUGCUGUAUUAUUAUUAUUUUCUUUUGCUGCAUUUCUUUAUAAGUAAAUCUGAAUAUUUUUAUUUUCUUUCGUUAAUGAGUUAUAAAAGUUAUACUAGAGGUUAAGAACAUCUUUCCAGAUGUUGAGUCAACUUGUGAAAAUGUACACUGAUUUACAACUUCAGAUAUUUACUAAUAUACAACUUCAGAUAUUAACCGAUUUACAACUUCAGAUACAGUAUACUGUUUUACAGCUUCAGAUAUUUACUAAUAUACAACUUCAGAUAUUUACUGUUAUACAACUUCAGACAUUAGUGUUGAAAAGUUAUUCCAGAUGUAACUUUAUUGAGUUUUUUUUGUUUUUGUAUUUCUUAGAAAAUCAAAUUGAUAACUUUUGUUUUCUAUUUUGUUUACAAGUAGAAGUAUGUCUUUUACUUAGGCAUGUGAGAAAAGUUACAUCAAAAUUAGUUUAAGCAUGUGUGGGCUAAGCAAAUGUCUUCCUUGAUAUUUUUUAAAUACCAAAAGAUUUUGACUAGUAACAAAUUACACUAAUAAAUUUGUUUAAAAAAAAAAAAGCUUCAUAAUUUAGCAAAUAUAGAAUCUAAAUGUAUGACAUUUUUGGGUUAAUGGUGAAUUUUUUUCACCUCGCAUUUCAGAUAACCUUAAACAAAACUGAACUAGACCAAAUCAAGACAUCUAAUGAGACAACUUUAGCACAUCUUGUGGUGCUCACUGUUGCCAGUCUUGGAGAGAACAUGUCUCUACUCUAAGGAGGGGGGCAUACAUCAGAGCAGGGCCUGGCAGUAUGUUGGCUUCCUAUAUUCAUCCAUCAAGUAGGUUUUCUUAAUCAUACAAUAAUAAUACACACUAGUUGUUGAUUGUAUUUAAUUGUUGAUUGCAUUUAAUUUGUUGAUUGCAUUUAAUUGUUGAUUGUGAUUACUUUAAAUUCACUUUAGGCAUAAUAUCAUGUCAUAUAAAUGUAUACAAUAUAUGAUAUUUCGAGCAGGACAAGUGUGAGGAAUUUACAGAUUAUAUAACUUUUAUUGAUCUAUUUCAAUCCAGCAGGAAGCUUGAUUUUUCAAGCUACAGGGCAGAACUAAACUUCAAACAGCCAAUUCAAAUUUGUAUUUAUGCAUCCAUUGUAACUUUUACUGAACUUGUCUCACAGCAAAGCAGACUGAUCCAAAGAAAAUGAAAAUGCAAACUCAUAAACAAAACAACCUAGAUUCAGUGUUAACAAAAAAAAUUAUUGAUGGUUAUUACUUCAGCUUUUCAUUUUUUUUUUUUUUGUUUCAUGGUUUUUGGUAGUCUGUUGACAGUCUUAAUUCAUCUGAGUUUUAACUCAUCAGGUUGGCCUGUACAUAUUUUAUUACUAAACUUAUUCAUUAUUUUUUGUUUCAUGGUUUUUGGUAGUCUGUUGACAGUCUUAAUUCAUCUGAGUUUUAACUCAUCAGGUUGGCCUGUACAUAUUUUAUUACUAAACUUAUUCAUUAUUUUUUGUUUCAUGGUUUUUGGUAGUCUGUUGACAGUCUUAAUUCAUCUGAGUUUUAACUCAUCAGGUUGGCCUGUACAUAUUUUAUUACUAAGCUUAUUCAUUAUUUUUUGUUUCAUGGUUUUUGGUAGUCUGUUGACAGUCUUAAUUCAUCUGAGUUUUAAUUCAUCAGGUUGGCCUGUACAUAUUUUAUUACUAAGCUUAUUCAUUAUUUUUGUUUUGUCUGCAUAUUAAUUUAUUUAAUUUUAUUAUUACUCUUGACAGACUCCAGUAAAUCACAGAAAAGCGUAUUAUUAGGUAAAUAUGGAUCCAUAGUAGAAAUGAAGAAGAACAACAAGGUUGAAAAACCAGUGAUGUCACUCAAUGACCUCAGCAGCCACAUUUGUCAGCAUAUAGUUGGUAUGAAUCCUAAAACAGUCUGUGAAUACAUCCCAAGAGAAAAUAAAAAACCUGUGGAAGAAAAGAGGUUUGAUGAGGAAGAUAUCUUUAAUGAAGAUGGCUCAAGUGAGGCUGCUGUCCAAAUGCAGGUCGAAGUGGAGGAAGACAAGUUGCUGAAUCAAGAAUUUCUGCUGGACACCACCAUGACAGUCGGGGAACUUGUGUCGAUCAACGGGGUGGAAAUUUUGCAGUUUAGGCGUUUCGCUUGCGGAGAGGAGGUAGAAGGGGAAGCUAAAGCAGAGCAGUGAGACAUUUACCAAUAUGGGUUAACACUUGGGGUAGACUACAUAGAUGACAGCUUAAAGGUUAUCAGCAUUAUUUUGACCAGUUUUUGAGUAUUUCUUAAUGUAAUCAAGUAAAAGUGAGUGUCAUGUUUAAUAAUGGAAGGGAUGAUGAUGGGGGGGACAAAGCUUUUCACAUAUGAAAAUUUGUUGGGUUUUUUUUCUUUAUAUUUUAUUGAUUGCAUUAAUGAGAAGUGGAAGUGUUUGAAGACAGUCAUUGUUCGAAUGGGCUUCUACAGCUUAAUUUAUUAUUUGGGUAAUGGCAAUUCUAAGUAGAUCAACUUCCAUUGCCACAGCAAAGAUUGUCUGUUGAGAAUAUACCAGUGUGA